CAAAAUACACCGAUAAUAAACGUUGGGUCAUCAUCGUUUACUCGCCGACGGCCGUCAAAGUAUACACUUGAAAAUUUACUGGAGAAACGAUUGCACUAUCGAUCAGACCACCGGCUACUAAAAAUCAAAACACACAGUCUUUGUUCGAAACUGUCUGGCUGCAAUUACAUAAUAAACGCCGAAUACAAACCUUGUUUAACGCGGAAGCCGGCUUUUGAUAGAUGAGGUUACUUGAAUUUACUAUCUUGGUGAAAUGUUCUGCUUGAAAUCUCAACUUUUUUUCCAGACACUGGUAUCCAUUCUGGGAUCUUCAAGGAUACUGAGCUCCGAAACUGGUUACUGCUCUCUACGUACAAGCUCCAAUUAUUUGGCCACAGCAACAUCGGGAAAAAUGUCGUUCGAAGCUGAAAAACAGAAAUAUCUGUCGAUGCCUGCUGCUGAGAAGCGAAAGCUUUUGAAAACACAGCCAACCAGCGUUGAUCAAAUAUUGACAUGGCCGGAAUAUUGGCAGAAGUAUAAAUCAAAUAUUGGAGUUCUGGCAGACAAGCCCCAGGAGACUAACACAGAAUUGGCUAAUAAAGUGUCCAUUUGGGAGGGUGACAUAACUAAGCUGGAAAUCGAUGCCAUUGUCAAUGCUGCAAACUCCAGCCUUCUGGGUGGUGGAGGAGUUGAUGGUGCCAUCCACAGAGGAGCAGGAGGACACUUGAAGGAAGAAUGCGCGACGCUGAAUGGCUGUCGAGUUGGAGAGGCCAAAAUAACUGGAGCUUACAUGCUACCUGCAAAAUAUGUGAUUCACACUGUGGGACCUCAGGGAGAGAAGCCAGAAAAGCUGCAGGAAUGUUAUCAAAACAGUCUGACAGUCGCAAAGGAGAACGGCGUACGCACAAUUGCUUUCCCCUGCAUAUCCACAGGCAUUUACGGCUACCCCCAGCGACCUGCUGCAAAAGUGGCUCUUUCCACAGUGAAAAAAUUCUUGCAAGCCAACCCAGAUAGCAUCGACCGCGUGAUAUUCUGCCUAUUCCUGAAAACCGACAAGGAUAUCUACGAGGAGCUCCUGCAGCAGUACUUUGCCUUCGAGGGUCAGUGAAGAACCUCAGCUUUCAAAAUUCACGAAUAACGAGACUGCUAAGCUUGUAAAGUAAGACGUAAAAGUCUCACGCAAGAUUUGCCCACUUUGUAAAAGUGUAUUUAUUUAUGUAAUAAACGGUUAAUUCAAAA